UAAAAACCACAGUGCUAGUCUGUAGAGUCAGAGGUAGAGUUUGAACCCUUGUCUCUCCUGAGCUCUUUCCACUGUACCACACUGUCUAGGUAGAAAUAAAGAAAAAAAUAUCACUAGCAUACAUGAUAAUUCUUUGAUAGCAUUCCUAUUUUUCUAAUAGUGAAGUCUCUUGGGGCAUUGAGAAGUUUAAUGACUUUCCCAUUAUCAUAUAACUAGUUACAUGUCAAAGACAGAAUUUAAUCUAGUUCUUUCUGAUUCUAAGAUCGGCCUUCAUUAUGUCAACCCCAUACUCCAAGUCUUCAUUGCUUCCCUAUUGAAAAUACAUUAUAUCAAGUCUAAGCUCCUUUAUUUGACUUUUAAAAUCUUCAUUAUUUGGGUCUAUUCUUCUACAUCUGUUUUUUUAUAAUAUUCUCUCUAAAUUCUAUGCUUUAGUUAUUUUCAUCUGUUAUCUUCAUUUCAUACAUGUUUUUUCUCUCUAGUUCACAGUUUCCUUUUGUUGAGAGGUGCCUCAUCUUUCUCUUGAAAGCUUGCCCAACCUUUAGCAUAAUAUAGUAAGAAAAAUGGGGCAAGGAGACCUAGAUUCCAGUCCCUACUCUGCUGCUAACUCUUGUGUGACCUUGAUAAAUUAUCCAAUUAUAAAUUUCUCUAAGCCUCAAUUUUAUCAUUUGUAAAAUGACAGUCUUGGGCUAGAACAUUGGUUUUCUCCCUGAAAUUGCAACCAAAAAUAUAGGUUGCUUGUGGAUCAACAUAAAGAUCCUCAGAAAAAUAUAUACAUCCCACAGUCUUGUCCAAACAUUGAGGUGAGCAGAAAGUGCAAGGCAUUGGGGGAAAUCUAACAAAGAGAGACUGGUUCCAAGAUUAACCCCUUUUAUGUUGGUUGCACUUCCUCCAAUCACAACUCUGUAUAACCUCUGUCUCCAUGGAGGUAUUGACUGCUGUCAUUCUCUGUCUGGCCUCCUGGGGUAUAAAGAGUACGGGUAGGGAGACUGAACAGCAUGGGAAAAACCACAGAGUAUCCCUUUAAAGGGUAAAGGAAACAUACUUGGGAUCCAGAAAUAUCUCUAAGAAUGAGAAUGAUGGGCAUAAUUUAAUUAGAUUGAAUUGAAUAGAGACAAAUGUUCAGUCUCUGUACUUUUUGAACCCAAAUACUGAGAGGAGAGUGUUCAUGUGAAAAAGACCCCGAGGCUUUAGAAGACAACAAACACAAGACAAUUCACCAAGACAAAUCACCAGUGGGAUGUGGUAAUCAAAAAGAGACGUUCCAUCCUCAGAGCAGCCUGAACUGUUCCUAAAGAAACUUCAGCAGUGCUGUGUCAUUUUUGACUUCAUGGACACGCUAUCAGAUCUUAAAAUGAAAGAAUACAAGCGCUCCACUCUUAAUGAACUGGUGGACUACAUUACAAUAAGCAGAGGCUGUUUGACAGAGCAGACUUACCCUGAAGUAGUUAGAAUGGUAUCUUGCAAUAUAUUCAGAACUCUCCCUCCUAGUGACAGCAAUGAAUUUGAUCCAGAAGAAGAUGAACCUACCCUUGAGGCAUCAUGGCCACAUUUACAGCUUGUAUAUGAAUUUUUCAUACGAUUUUUGGAAAGCCAAGAAUUCCAACCCAGCAUUGCCAAAAAAUACAUAGAUCAGAAAUUUGUAUUACAGCUUUUGGAACUAUUUGACAGUGAAGAUCCUCGAGAGCGAGACUACCUAAAAACAGUCUUACACAGAAUUUAUGGCAAGUUUCUUGGUCUUAGAGCAUUUAUCCGAAAACAGAUUAACAAUAUUUUUCUACGGUUUGUUUAUGAAACUGAACACUUCAAUGGAGUAGCUGAACUGUUGGAAAUAUUAGGAAGUAUUAUCAAUGGCUUUGCCUUACCUCUUAAGGCAGAACACAAACAGUUUCUGGUGAAGGUAUUGAUUCCUUUACAUACAGUCAGGAGCUUAUCUCUCUUCCAUGCACAGUUGGCAUAUUGCAUAGUACAGUUUUUGGAGAAAGAUCCUUCACUCACAGAGCCAGUUAUUAGAGGGUUAAUGAAAUUCUGGCCUAAAACAUGUAGUCAAAAGGAGGUCAUGUUUCUUGGGGAGCUGGAAGAAAUCUUGGAUGUGAUUGAACCUUCACAAUUUGUUAAAAUUCAGGAACCAUUGUUUAAACAAAUUGCCAAGUGUGUAUCUAGCCCUCAUUUUCAGGUGGCAGAGAGGGCACUGUAUUAUUGGAAUAAUGAAUACAUCAUGAGUUUGAUAGAGGAAAACUCCAAUGUCAUCCUUCCCAUCAUGUUUUCCAGUCUCUAUAGGAUUUCCAAAGAACAUUGGAACCCGGCUAUCGUUGCUUUAGUGUACAAUGUAUUGAAGGCAUUUAUGGAAAUGAACAGCACCAUGUUUGACGAGUUAACAGCCACUUACAAGUCAGAUCGCCAGCGUGAGAAAAAGAAAGAAAAAGAACGUGAAGAAUUGUGGAAAAAACUGGAGGACCUGGAAUUAAAGAGAGGUCUUAGACGUGAUGGAAUAAUUCCCACUUAACAACAACAAAAUGACAACAGCAUUAUUAACCUGUGGAGUCACACAUUUAUGUAGUAGAAGAUGGAGCAACAGUUUUUUCUGUAUUGUGCAACUUUACAGUAGAUUUCACAUUUGUUUCAUUAUUACAACAGCACUGUAUAUACCUGUCAAUAAGUAAAGGAAAAAAAAUAAGGACUUAAAUCCAAAGUUUGGACAGUAGAUGGACUUCUCAGAACUUUGCAAACAUAAUCAUUGUUCUAACCCUACUUUAAAAGCAGUCUUCAGAGAUCUGUUGAUAAAAUUGCUAUGUUA